UAGGGAGCAGGGAGGGCUUACAACAGGUCCUUGCUCUCUCUGCACUGUCGCACUUUCUGAACAAAACACAACUCUGCUACACAUACUGUUUAUCUACACAGAGAGCUGCUUUCACAUGGACACAAAAGCAUUAGAGACUUCUUAGAAAAUAUAAUUAGUUUGUAUUGACAUUUUCUGGACUUUUGUUUAUUUUUAUUUUAGUGUGUAGGUGUUCUGGGAUCUGGGAUAAUCAUGCCGAUAAGGACAAUGAUUGCGCAUGCUAAGAAACAUCCAGGGCUCAUCCCUCAGUUCUUCUUCUUGGUAGUGGGCAUGACUGGGGCUUCCUGCUAUCUGAUUCGUCUGGCCAAGGGACCCCAUGUCAGCUGGAACAGAAAGAACAACCCUGAGCCUUGGAACACAUACGGUCCAAACUAUCAGUACAAGUUGGUGGCCGUCAACACGGACUACAAGGCUCUGAAGAAGGAGGGCCCUGACUUCUAAAGGUCCUUCAGGCAACUCCAGGGGCACCACGUUUGGCAGGACCUCCUGUCAUCCUAGUGGCAGGGAUGGGGGCAGCCUGAGGCUCGCUCGGCCGGGUCCUCUGUCCGUCUCCUCCGCUGUCUCGUAACCACGCACACUACAACACUAUAGUGAUGUAACUUUAAUUUCUUGAACAACCCGGAAGUCAUGUAUCCGUCUCUUCACAACAGCCCUGUUGUGUAACCGUCUCUUGUCCUCUUCGCACACUACAACACUAUUCAUUAUAGCUAGCUCUUCACAAUGCACAACCCUCAAGUGAUGUAACAGCCUCUUUCAACGCACAACACUACUGUUAUAUACACAUCUCUUUACAUGUAAUGUCACCUUCUCUGUAACGCACACCCCUCUCCAACCCUAAAGUGAGGUAACCUUGAAAAUAAAUGCAUUAAAUAUCAA